AUGGCCACUGUAUCUGUCUACGACGCAACCAUUCCCACCUUCACCAAGGGUCUCAAGACCUUUCAACACAUUCUCACCAAGGCCGAGGAGCACGCCAAGGCCAAUGGAGUCGACGUGAACACCUACGCCGAGGCUCGCAUCAUUGAAGACCAGCUUCCCCUCACCUUCCAGGUGCAGAAUGCUACCAAGACUGUCAAGACCAACAUCGGCCGUCUGACCGGUGUUGAGCUGGAGCCUUUCGAGAACAAGGAGAAGACGUUUGCGGACUUGCACGCGCGUAUCAAGGAGACGCUUGACUUGCUCAGCAAGGUCGACGCCGCCACUGUCAACGCCAAGGCUAGCUCCGAGGUUGAGUUGCCUAUUUUCGGUGGAAAGACACUUAAGCUCACUGCAACUGAGGCGGCUUUGAGCCAUGGCAUCCCCAACUUCUUCUUCCACCUCAAUGCUGGAUAUGCUAUCUUGAGAGCGAAGGGUGUCCCGGUUGGAAAGGCGGAUUACCUUGGUAGCUUUGUUCUUCCUUAA